UUCUUUGCUGCGUCUACUCCGAGGUAAGGAUGUUUCUGUGCUCGUGGGGGUACUGGGAAUCUAAAGCCAUCUGCUCUGGGAAAGGCUGCGGCGCGGCUCCUACUCUCGGAACCUUCUCCUGUUUGUCCCCCAGCUCGGCAAGCGCCAUAUGAGCCUGGCGGCGCCGGAUGCGAAUCCUGUUCUGGGCUUUUUGGCCUAUUCCCGCCCCUCAGUCUUGCCGGGAUGGCACUGCCCGCAUAGGACGUCCAGGGUUGGGCUGAGCGGGAGUUCCACUGCUGGGCCUCGUAAUUCUCGCUUUGGGGCUGCUCCUUCCAGCCUGGGACACACUGGGGCCCGCUGUCGGUCUCCCGUCCUCCGACAUCCUGUCUGGAACUUACGCCUGGCAGUCUCCGAAUGAAGACCAUUCUCAGCAAUCAGACUGUCGACAUUCCAGAAAAUGUCGACAUUACUCUGAAGGGACGCACAGUUAUCGUGAAGGGCCCCAGAGGAACCCUGCGGAGGGACUUCAAUCACAUCAAUGUAGAACUCAGUCUUCUUGGAAAGAAAAAAAAGAGGCUCCGGGUUGACAAAUGGUGGGGUAACAGAAAGGAACUGGCUACCGUUCGGACCAUUUGUAGUCAUGUACAGAACAUGAUCAAGGGUGUUACACUGGGCUUCCGUUACAAGAUGAGGUCUGUGUAUGCUCACUUCCCCAUCAACGUUGUUAUCCAGGAGAAUGGGUCUCUUGUUGAAAUCCGAAAUUUCUUGGGUGAAAAAUACAUCCGCAGGGUUCGGAUGAGACCAGGUGUUGCUUGUUCAGUAUCUCAAGCCCAGAAAGAUGAAUUAAUCCUUGAAGGAAAUGACAUUGAGCUUGUUUCAAAUUCAGCGGCUUUGAUUCAGCAAGCCACAACAGUUAAAAACAAGGAUAUCAGGAAAUUUUUGGAUGGUAUCUAUGUCUCUGAAAAAGGAACUGUUCAGCAGGCUGAUGAAUAAGAUCUAAGAGUUACCUGGCUACAGAAAGAAGAUGCCAGAUGACACUUAAGACCUACUUGUGAUAUUUAAAUGAUACAAUAAAAGACCUAUUGAUUUGGACCUUCUUCUUAAA